GAUUCUGGAGUUGGGCACCAUGGGGACUCCGAAUGACCAGGCAGUGUUGCAGGCCAUCUUCAACCCUAACAGCCCUUUUGGCGACCUUGAUGGGCUGGAGCUGGGGGAGGUGGCUGACGGGGAAGUGGAUGAAGAUGGAGCAUUCCCGCAAGCAGAGCUGGAGCAGUCCAAGGGCCUGGAGCUGCAGGGCGUGACAGCCGCCGAGGCAGGGGACUUCGGGACAGCCCUGGAGAGGUUUAGCCAGGCCAUUGGCCUGCUGCCUCAGCGUGCUUCUGCUUACAACAACCGCGCCCAGGCCCGCCGCCUCCAGGGAGAUGUGGCAGGCGCCCUCGAGGACCUGGAGCGCGCCCUGGCGCUGAGCGGCGGCCGGGGCCGGACGGCCCGCCAGGGCUUCGUGCAGCGCGGGCUGCUGGCGCGGCUGCAGGGCCGGGACGACGACGCCCGCCGGGACUUCGAGCGCGCGGCGCAGCUGGGCAGCCCGUUCGCGCGGCGCCAGCUGGUGCUGCUGAACCCGUACGCCGCGCUCUGCAACCGCAUGCUGGCCGACAUGAUGGGACAGCUGCGCAGCCCCCGCAACGGGCGCUGACGCCCCCUGAGCAAUAAAGCCACCGCUCGCACUGA